GUUUCUGGAAAAGAACAUACAGCCAAAAAUGCCAUAUGGAUUGACUGUGGAAUCCAUGCCAGAGAAUGGAUUUCUCCUGCUUUCUGCUUGUGGUUCAUAGGCUAUGAUCGAAUGUGGAGAAAAAAUCGUUCUCUCCAUGCAAACAAUUAUUGCAUUGGAACAGACCUGAAUAGGAACUUUGCUUCGAAACACUGGUGUGAGGAAGGUGCAUCCAGUUCUUCAUGCUCAGAAACCUACUGUGGCCUUUAUCCCGAGUCAGAACCAGAAGUGAAGGCAGUAGCUAAUUUCUUGAGAAGAAAUAUUGAUCACAUUAAAGCUUAUAUCAGCAUGCAUUCAUAUUCCCAGCAGAUACUGUUUCCAUAUUCCUAUAACAGAAGCAAAAGCAAAGACCACGAGGAACUGUCUCUAGUGGCAAGUGAAGCAGUUCGUGCUAUUCAGAGAAUAAAUAAAAAUAUCAUGUAUACACAUGGCAGUGGCUCAGAAACUUUAUAUCUAGCUCCUGGAGGUUCGGAUGACUGGAUCUAUGAUUUGGGCAUCAAGUAUUCGUUUACAAUCGAACUCAGAGAUACUGGCCAAUUUGGAUUCUUGCUGCCAGCACGUUACAUCAGACCCACUUGUAAAGAAGCUCUCGCUGCUGUGUCUAAAAUAGCUUGGCAUGUCAUUAGGAAUAUGUAAUGCCCUUGAUUUUUUUUCACUCUGCUUUCGUAUUUUACUAAUUCCAGCAAGACCAAAUAAUUGUACUAGUUCAUUUUUAAGUUUUAUUAGUUUUGAUAAAAGGUUUUCCUGCUCCUUGGUUUUGUCAAAGAACAAAAUAAGUGCU